CUGCUUCAAUUUUUACAGAAGCAGUUCAGUGGUGAUGCAAAGAAAGCUCUGCUUGCUUUGGUGCAGUGUUCGAGAAACGCAAGCAUCUAUUUUGCAAACUUACUCAAUGAUUCAAUGAAGGGGCCAGGUACCCGCGACCAUGAUCUGAUUCGUCUGCUGGUAACACGCUCUGAAGUCGAUCUUCUGUCAAUUCGCGAAACGUACUUCUCGAACUUCAGAAAAACUCUGGUUGAAGAAGUGGCAGCCGAAUGCAAAGGGCCCUAUCGUGAUUGCUUAAUUGCCAUUAUCCGGGGCAAUUCCAUGUGA